AAACCAGUUGUCCAUUAUGUUCAACUUUCUUUACAACAAUUUUGUCGUGAUUUUCCAAUUUCAAAAAAAAGAAUAAUAACGAUAUUGUACACGAUGGCUUUUUAUCAUGUAUUGAAUUUUUGUUUCGUUGUCUUAACUUUGAUCCAAAUUGUUUAUGGUCAAGAAGCAAUUGAAAAUAAUGAAACUACUACGUCGACAUCAUUAAUACCUUCAUCAAUUGGCUCGAUAUCAUUUAACGAAUUAAACGAAACAUUUCAUCAAAUUUUAUUCAAUACAGCCAAUUUGACUAAUCAAUGGCAACAUGAAUUAUUUGAUCAAUCAACAGCUAUCGUAUCGAAUUUAACCAAGCAAUUGGAAUCAUUGAAUAAUAAUACCUUGGUUCAUAUGCUGUACAAUACAAGCCGUACAUCAAUGGAAACAGGUACUACUUUAUUUACCGAAAGUGUUGCGAGACCUGCAACAUUCUUUAUUGGACAAAAUUUACGUUUACUUGGCAGUGGUCUUUGGUCAUUGGGACAUUCAUUAAAACAUUCGGGCUACCAUAUUUCUAAUUUGGAACCAGUCAUCCAAAACGUAUCACAAUCAUUAUCUGAAUAUGGUAUUAAUCUGGUCAAUGCAAGCAUGAACAUUACACAGCCCGAUAUUAAACAACAACAAUAAGCCAUUAUUAUUAACGUCGACGCAAUUUGUAAUCAUAAAAUUAAAUUAUCCAUCGAUUUGUUUUUUGAACCAUU